ACCCGACACAGCAUGGCGAUUCACCGGAACGUGCACCUGGCUUCAUUUAAUGAACAAACGGGGCAAUUCCACACAAAAUCAGAUACCAAUUUUGAUAUAGAAAUCAAAAAGGCUGCAGAAGGUGCCAAUCUUAUAUUCUACUCAGGUGGUCAAGUGGCAUACAAUGUGGUAGCAAACAAAAACACAGAAGUCUCUUCAUUAGGCAGCCAGUCUCUAGUAGUGUCUCUUGAUAGUGAGGGGAUCCUUUUAAGGUUUCCCUCUCAAACCGAUGUUCAAGCAUUCCAACUACAGUUGAAUCAAUACAUAAAACCUGACAAGGGGUCAAUAUUUGAACAAAGGACAGAAGAGGCUUCUGCAGCACAAUACUUUCAGUUCUAUGGGUACCUUUCACAACAACAGAAUAUGAUGCAGGAUUACAUCAGAACAUCCACAUAUCAGAGGUCUAUGCUGGCCAAUCCUGUGGACUUUAAUAACAAGGUUGUUCUUGAUGUCGGUGCUGGCUCUGGAAUAUUGUCUUUCUUUGCUGUCCAGGCUGGGGCCAGGAAGGUGUACGGUAUUGAGGCCAGCUCUAUGGCAGUGCAUGCAAAGGAAUUGGUGCACCAGAACAAAUUAAGUGGCAAAAUUGUGAUUGUUCCUGGGAAAGUGGAGGAAGUGGAGAUCCCAGAGCCAGUGGAUGUGAUCAUCUCAGAACCCAUGGGCUAUAUGCUGUUCAAUGAGAGGAUGUUAGAGAGCUUUCUGCAUGCCAAAAAGUGGUUAAAACCUGGAGGUAAAAUGUAUCCUUCAAGGGGAGACUUACAUGUAGCCCCAUUUUCUGAUGAAGCUCUCUACAUGGAACAGUAUUCUAAAGCAAAUUUUUGGUACCAGCAGUCAUUUCAUGGUGUGGACUUGAUGUGUCUAAGAGAUGCGGCAGUCCAAGAAUAUUUCAAGCAACCUAUAGUGGAUACAUUUGACAUAAGAAUAUGUUUGGCCAGGUCAGUGAAACACACUGUUGACUUCCAAACUGCUGCAGAGUCAGCCCUGUACACCAUAGAGAUCCCCCUGACCUACAGCAUGCUGCAGACAGGCACAAUCCAUGGCUUGGCCUUCUGGUUUGAUGUGGCUUUCCUGGGAUCACAACAGCAUGUGUGGUUAUCAACAGCCCCCACAGAACCGCUGACUCAUUGGUACCAAGUACUGUGCCUGCUGCAGACGCCAGUGUUUGUCAAACAGGGGCAGACACUUACAGGGAAAGUGACACUCAAGGCCAACAAAAGACAAAGUUAUGAUGUGGAGAUUGAAAUCAACAUCCCAGGGACAAAUAACAAGUCGGUCAACUCUCUAGACUUGAAGAACCCCUUCUUCCGCUACACAGGCCAUACUCCUCAGCCUCCACCCGGUCAGUCAACACAGUCCCCCACUGAGGCUUACUGGAGUACUAUGCAAAUAGCCAGUGCACAACAGCUGUCCAAUAACUUAGUGAAUGGUUACGUCAAUGGUGGUCUAGCUCACCAGCAGGGCGUGGUUCAGACAAACCUUGUGCCUCUUGCUAAUGCUGCUCCAGUGAACCCUGGCAGUAUACCCAGUGUUGGAUUUGUGUCUCAGGGUAAUGCCACCAGAACGUCUGUAGGAGGGGGUAUCUCACCAGCUGUAUUUACUACACAAAACCAUCAGGGUCUAGGCCAGUCUAACCAGUUUCCCGUGAGCAACCAGUUCAUGAUAGGUGACUAUGUGAUGCCAGGGAACAUCAUGCUGCCUGACCAGUCACAGCCUAUCAACAUGAAGACAAAUUCCAGUGUAGGACAGCAUUAGCACACACCAACACCAUGUAUAGGCUUAAAGAGGCUGCGAACUUUAGGGAGGGGGGUUAGGGAAAAGAAGGUUAAAUUUAGUAUUUUGAUAAUGUUAAGCUUGCCUUGUAGAUUUUACUUUCAUUGUCAACUCACAUCAGCUUGAUAAGUGGCUCCCAGCACCCAUUACUAUACUCCAUACUGUACAAUUAUUCCUGAACAAUAAAUAAAGCAAAUGAAGCCUGCAAGUGCAACAUUAUAUAUAUAUAUAUAUAUAUAUAUGGUGGUUGCCAGUGCAAAGAUGAUUGACAAAGAAUAAUGAAGGGAAAUGCUCUGUCUGCUUGGAGUUGAUUUUUUGUCUGAAAAAUGUAGUUCUCUAAGAUAAGAAAUGAUGGUGUGAUCACAGGCAUUACAUAUCUGACAGCAAUACAGCUAGUAGACCACAGUGAAUGGUAGCUGCUUAGAUUAUUUUCACUUCUUAAUAUAGAAUAAAAAGGUUUACAUUUGAAUACUGAAAUCCUAAAAGUCUUUUGAGGUCUACAUUGCAAUUGCAGGCUUGUCCAUGCUGUUACAACUUGUGGGGAACAAAACUAAAUUGGAAGUGCUAGAAAGCUUAUGCAGCUAUUAUCACUUUUAUCAAGAACGUAUUAAGUUUUACCUAUUUAUCCAAAACCUUAAUGAACAGAUGGAUUCCUGUCAGUCCACAAGAUCCUGUUAUAAAAUAUUUUGAUAGAAUGAAGUAGAUAGAAAAUAUUUUCAAGAUUGGCACAGUAUAGAAUUCAAAUUGUAGUAGUGCAUGACGAGCUGAGGGAUUCUAUUUAAGCUUGCUCUGCCUGUUUGUCGAAUCUACUAAGAUGCUUUUGAGGCAAUCAUUACUACAUGGCUGCUUCUGGUGACUUAAAUUUGGUUGAUUUUCAUCUCACUGAUAUACCUAACAACCAAGGAACAUUUCAAAAUUGGUGAAAACUAAGAGGGUUGUUCUUCUUGUGUUUAAAUGUUAAUUGAUAGUUGUCAGAAGAGAUGCUGUUGCUUUUGAAUGGAUUUUCUGCUACUCAAGGCUGUAUAUUACAAUAGAUGAGGGUUAACAGGGACACAAAGGUUAUGUAUAUAAAACAUUUCAAUGUAUUUGAUGAAUUUCAAGGAAUUUGAUUACAAAAAUCUCAAUCAGGUAUCACUUUUGACCUGGUACUCAUACAUUGUUGUAAAAGUCAGGAUAAGAAAUUUUAAAGAAUCUGAACAGACACUUUCAUUUGUAAUAAAAUUGUUUCUGAUAGGUGCAGUUCCUUUUUGGUAAGUGUCAUAUGUGCAUUCAUUUUUAAAUGGAAUAUGAUACAUUUUUUCCAAGGAAAUUCUUCUAAAAUUAAGCUUUACCCUAUUAUUUUCACAAGUUGUACAUUGCUGGAUUUGGUUUUGAAUUUGAAGAAUUAAGAAUAUUUUGAAAUUUCGUACAAUCGAGAUUAUAUAAUUGCCAUUGCUGUGCAAUGAAUGCUGCAUCCCAGUCUUGACUUGUAGAUAGUUUCUCAUACCUGACGUAACAAGUCUCAUUAUAACACAAUUGUAAAUAAAUGUAAGGUUUGUUCAUUAUUGUCAUACUGUGUAUAGAGGGUUAAAAAGACACUUGGGUGGAAAAUGAGAAAGACCGAUAAGAUUUUUUAAAUGACUUGUAAGCACAGCACCACAUCCAAGAAUGACACUUAAUAAAAAUAAAAUGGCUAAUCUAUAAAUUAGUAUGUACUUAGAUAUUCCCUUUAUCAAAUGUGACAAGUACAAGGUAUUUAAUAUUUCACCCAAGGAUAUACUGAUGUUAUAAUUUGAGAGAAGCUAGUAUUUGCUUGCUUGUCUGUACUACGACCAGAACAAAUUUUAAACAAGUCUUUCUAAUGUUACACAUAUAUCUUUAUAUAUAUAUAUUUACAUAUUGUCAGUGAUACUUCAGUUUGAUAGAAUUUCAAAGUUUCAACCAAUGGAUAUUAUUGCAAUGUUAUUAAUAUUGUCACUAUAUUGUUCAUAGUGACUUGGCAAAUAAUAACUUUUAAAACAA